ACUGAUUACUCCCCUCGCUUACACGUCAAUCGCCCUGUUGGUGAUGCUAAAACACAAACUCGUACGCUUUGAGAAUGAAGGAAAUAUUUUGUUCAGGCACAUUCACCGAGGUCGAAAAUGAGAUUCCUUUUACGGUUGGAUGAUAGCACCCCAGGUGGGCGGAUACGAGGUAUUUAGUCAGUCGAUUUCCGUGUGUUCAUCUGUGGACACAAUUCUCGUCUGGCAAAGAAGUACUAGUUCAUCUUUUAUGAGUCGUCCAAUUUACCCCUCCCCUUUCCUCGACUGAGAGAAUGAAUGGCAUGAAAGGAACAGCCAGCAUAAACCCUCAUUGGCCGGUGACAAGCAACGGGUUGAUGUGGUCGAACGCGCCGGGACGCGAUUGGCUGGAGGGUAAAGCCAUGGGUCGGCCUAUCACAAUGGACUUGACUAGAGCAUUCACAUGUUUACCAGUGCUGACUUCGGUGAGGAGGAAAAACGAGCAACAACGAGAGAGUUCAGCCAUGGUUGAAAACCGGAGUCAACUAGACUUUUAUUGCUGACGGAAUUCCAUCCUCUCCACAAGCAGACUGAGUCAGCUUAGCUGUCGUCAGCACAAAAGUCAACCUGCACGCUCAAGCAAUGGCAACUAACCAUGUCUUCACACAAGUGCAGACAUGUUUAGUCUUUAUAUAAAAAUCCAGACUAACAUUUCUACUUUUUUGGAUGCUUUACAGACAUCAAGGAUGAAGACAAUUUGAUGUUUAAAUAUACGUGGUCCACUUAUGGGCUGUAUGGGCACAGUGUUAAAUGCAGUCUGGUUGCGUAAAUAUGGGAAAUUAGGUGAAGGUUCUCAUGUAUAGUGAGGCCAGUAGUCAGUGAGGCUGAAGAGGACACAGGCAGUCCGGGUUUCGCCAGGCACAGAUGUAGCACUGUGCAAUGGUUCAAGAGGUGCAAAUUGCUUCACCAAAACGUCUGACGUUGUGCAAUAGCAGACCAGCUUCAGAAGUUACUUGUUGACAGUCCUGCAGAGCCUGACCAGGUUUCUCAUUAGGGAUUUAUUUAUUGCCAAGGUCACUCAGCACUCAAAACCCAAGGAUGACAAGACCCCAACUCCUGGAAUUCACUCCCCGAGAUGGGCGGUUCGGGUCACCUGCCCCCUGCCCCCUGUCACCCUCGGGCCCCCCUCUCCCGUUGGCCCUGCCAGUAGCACCCUGGCCCCCGCUGGACUUUGCCCUGGGGGCGUUGGCGUGCUGUGGGGCCUGCGUGUUCACCAACCCCCUGGAGGUGGUGAAGACACGUCUGCAGCUGCAGGGCGAGCUGCGGGCCAGGGGCUCGUACCAGAGGCACUACCGUGGGGUGCUGCAGGCCCUGUGGGUGGUGGGCCGCACCGAUGGGCUCCGGGGCCUGCAGAAGGGGCUCUCUGCUGGCCUGCUGUACCAGGCCGUCAUGAACGGCGUGCGGCUGGGCUUCUACUCCUACGCCGAGGCUGCCAGCUUCACCUCAGCCCCCGGGGGGAGCCUGCUCGCAGGAGCCACCGCUGGAGCCUUGGGUGCCUUCAUCGCCUCACCUGCCUAUUUGUUCGUCCUGAGAGACCUUCACUCAAGUUACGGAUGGAGAGUCAUCUUCUCGUCACCGGUGAAGACUCACUUGCAGGCUCAGACAGUGGAAACCAUUGCCGUGGGCCACCAGCACAACCAUCAGGGCGUAUCAAGCGCGUUUGCCACUAUAUACCAGCGGGAGGGCCUGCUUGGGCUGUGGAGGGGUGUGAACGGAGCCGUGCCCAGGGUCAUGGUGGGGUCGGCGUGCCAGCUUGCCACCUUCAGCUCUGCCAAGGAGUGGGUCUCCCAGACACGGUGGUUCAGUCCAGACAGCUGGUUGAUAGCCUUGACAGCUGCCAUGAUCAGUGGAGUUGCCGUGACGAUCACCAUGACGCCACUUGAUGUCAUCAGCACGCGACUCUAUAACCAGCCUGUGGAUGAGCUGCACAGGGGCCGCUUGUAUGGAGGCUUCCUGGACUGCCUGCUGAAGGUGUAUCAGACAGAGGGGCUCCUGGGAUUGUACAAAGGAAUGGGCCCCGUGUUCUUCCGCCUGGCUCCUCACACUGUGCUCAGCAUGCUCUUCUGGGACUUGCUGAGACAAAGGGCGUUUCGGUACUACAGAGGCCAGGGUCAGAACUGAGAAAGGGACCGGUACUUUAAGGCCUUUGGGUCGGAGAGUGGGGGGAUGUGGGGUUUAGGGUAUGGACAUCGCACGAGAGGUUGGUUUUUGGAAAUAUGGCCUGAAAGGGAACAAAUGCUGGACUGACCAAUUCACGAAGGAAGGGAGGUGAGUGUGUGUGAGAGUGAGUGUGUGUGCUUGUAUGUGUGGUGGGAGGUGGUGUAGUAGAAGAGCAAGAGACUAAAUUUGACAUAAUUAGUAAAUAUUAGUAUUAACAUAAGCUAAUCCUUCAUAAAUCAUUGGUUUAGCUUCCAUUUAUAUUUUUUUUCCGUCAACUCAUUCAUGUCAGGCUAGAAAAUAGUUUAGGUCCACAUCUCCUUGCCUGGUUUCUUUCUUAUGGUCAUAUUCCACCAGACAGCCCAUUCCAUGGCCAGGCAUUAUGACACUAUAUUACAGGCAUCGCAUCACAUCUCAUCUCCAGUUUAACAGCCAUGCCGUUGUGGGCACUGACCCAAUUGGCCAUGAAAUGAGUCAAAACAAGGAUUAUCAUUCAAUGUAGUGGGUUCAUUGUCAUCACUCAUCACAUGCAUAAUAUGUCAGUCCACAAGGAUUGCGGACAAAUAAAUUAUCCUGAAAUUGCCAAAAAAUCAGUGAUUCAAACCAAACAUUGAACAUAAAGACUGCACUGCUGACGAAAUACCUCACAGGAAAACACUGAACUAUACAAGAAGAGUUGUCAACUGAGGAUGAUCAGAAUUCACUUAAAGUGUAGUCUAUAAAUAUGUGGACAAUGAAAUUUUUUGGGCUUUGUAUGCCAGCACAUUGGAUUGAAAAUGAAACUAUAAAUACCAGGUUAAAGUGAACUCUAAUCUGAGGGUAUUUACAUCCAUAUCUGGCGAACCUGCUUGGAACUGCAGCCCUUUUUAUAAAUGUCCCAUUUGAGGGGACCUGAGUAAAUGGAGAGGUGACUGCUUAGCGGUUUCUUGGCCAGCUGUGUGUCAUUGCAUCAUUAGUUUAUGCACAAUAAGGCGUACGGAAGGUCACGGGGUUGAUUCUAAGUGUGGCAUUUGCAUUUGAAGCAUUUGUUGCUAUUGUCUCUCAGCAUGAGGACCAAAGACAUGUCAGUGCCAUUAAAGCAGGCCACCAUGAGGCUUUCAAAUCUGAAAGAAUCGAUCAGAGACCGCUUGGGUGUGUCAAAAUAAACAGUUUGGUACAUUGUUAAGAAGCACUUGUGAGCUUGUAGUCAUUAUUCUGUUUCAAUUUCAAUUGUGCUGCAAUACAGAGCCAAAACUGCAAAAAAUGGUGUCACUGUCCAAAGACCGCUCUGUUUGUUGCAGACGUUGCUCUCCCAACACAAAGCAAUGUAAGCCAUCCUAUUGGAGUACAACCCCGCCAGCCACUGGUGGCUUUGGCUCAGUGUGAUACUGCUGACAUUUUGAAGCUUCCAGUGAAAUCUAACAUGGCUUAAGCAGCUGUUGAUUGGAAGUGCCAUUUACAGCCUUGUGAAUGUAUACUCAGUACAGUCACCUGUGCUCACUCAGCCUGUACUGUGCUAGUGUUAAAGAGUGACCUCUUAAGUUUGUCUCAGGUUCACAAAGUGCUGCACACACUCCCCAGAAUUGCCUCAUACAGAAUACUGAAGAAAGAGCUCUGGACAUUUUCCUUAGUAACACACUUCUGUUGCACAUAAUGUAAGACUAGAACCAUGAAUCAAUGAAGUUCCCUUUGAAGCUCCCUGAACCCAGAGGUCUGGUCCCAUUGCUACGAGAAGCAGUGGUCGAUGGGUUACUGACGGAUGGGUGCAAUAUUGUAAUAUUAUUAAUAUGCUGCUGUACGUACUCACAAAGGGCCUUUAUCAUAAUGAUAAACUGUAUCUUGUUAGGAAUGGAAGGGGUUUGUGUCUUUUUAAUUCUUCUUGUUUCUGUUUCCUGUACCUUUCAGUCCUGGACGUUUUUGCAAAUUAUGUCUUAAUUUUUUGAUGUGAAUCUCAUUCUGAAAUAUAAUAAAGGCAAGUUUUGAAGAACAA